GUGUGGGCGUGCGAUCUGGGCGAGGGUGCGGGUUGGAGGUGAGGUAGGGCUGCUGCGAAGCGGGCGGCGGAGUGCUUGCUGCGAUUGGUCCGCCGUCCAAGAUGCGACGCUGUCGUCCUGCGCUGGCGAUGGAUGAACACGGCGACAAUGGAAUCGCAGGCGACGGGCGCAGUGGCGACGUAACGCGGCCGGGAGCGUGGAGUGAGUGAGCAGCCGCUGUUGCGGGAUUCACCACAGCCUUCUUGGGGGCUUAAGCUUCGCGCGAAUCACCUCCUCACCCGCCUGUCGCCAAAGGAUGCGCUUUCAGCUGCACCACCAUGUCUGUCACCCUCCAUACCACGCGCGGUGAUAUCAAGCUCGAGAUCUUCUGCGAAGCCGUGCCCAAGACAGCCGAGAAUUUCCUCGCCCUCUGCGCCUCUGGCUUCUAUAAUGGCAGCCCCUUCCACCGCAUGAUCCCCAGCUUCAUGGUGCAAACCGGCUCUCCCGCCUCUGAUCCCAAAUCCAAGACCUCUACGUCCAUUUACGACACCGUCGACCAUCUCUUCGAAGACGAGGUCCGUCCCGCUCUGCGACACAAUGCGCGAGGAAUUGUGAGCAUGGCGAACAAGGGCCCCAAUUCAAACGGGAGCCAGUUCUUCAUCACUUUUGCGCCCGCGCCCCAUCUCGACGGCAAGAACACGGUCUUUGGCAAAGUCCUCGAAGGCGAAGAUGUCCUGGACGAGCUCGAGACGCUGGACGUGGACAAGAAAUCUCGGCCCAAGGAGCGGGUGGAAAUCAAGAAUGUCACCAUGCAUGCCAAUCCUUUGGCUGGAUGAGAAAGAGAAAUGCAAAGACUGUGGGAAGGGACACAAUGAACAUUAAGCACGACUGGUAGACCGUAACAUAGGUCAUGACAAU